AGCAUGGGCAACCCCCCUUGGCAUAUGUGUAGGUGACCAGCAAUACCACUAAAGAUAGAGGGUGCAGAAAUAGACUACGUAUGUUGUGCACAUCCUUGUAGCACACCUUCCUACAGCAAAGGUGGGCUUGAAGAGACCUGUGGAAGCCCUGCAUUAAAAAAAUACCUUUUUUUUAAAACCACUCUUCUAUUUUGCACUUGCACAGGGAUGGGGUGCUCAGCCUCAGGCGGGCUGAGGUUGAAACCCCAAAAGCAAGUGUCAGAAGCUAAGGCGUGGUGGCAGCUCUCAGCUUGGCCAGCACUGUCCCACAAUGCCUGUCGUGGCUGCGACCAGGACAAGCUCACCCUUCUGUUCCUGCAGCCUUGUCAGGCUUUCCCAUGUCAGUCACAGUGAGCACGUUAAAACCCCCUGCAACCCAUCUUAUCAAUAACCAGGCUGGACGUGUGCCACACUAAGAUCUGCGCUAAUCAUCGAGCAAUUUCGCCUUCAGAACAGAUAUUUAUAACCCAUGCUUUCUGUUUAUCCAGCCAGGUGGAACAUUUGAUAGCUGUCUUCCACCACAAACACAUUUUUAGCUGGAAAUUACUCCCCCUGGUUAUCUGCGGGUGCUGCCAGCCCUGACAAAUGUCCCUGGGCAGGAGCUGAUUGGCUCUGCACACCCAGGGCCAACUUUAAAUUUCAGCAAAGUGGACACAGCCUCCACGGUCUGCUGCUGGGACCUGCCUCCGACAGCAAAAGGAGCUGCCCAAGAUGCAAACAGCCCUCGUGUGCCUGUGCCUGUGCCUGCUCAGCACAGCCCUCUCAAUACCUGUACCACCGCCACUGUCUGGGAGAGCUGCCGGGAACUGUGCAGGACAGCACCGGAUACUGCUGAAAGGCUGCAAUGCCAAGCAUGGCUUCUAUGUCUUCAAAUACGUCUACUCGUUUUCAACACGGAGGAACCAGACACAGAUAAAGAAGGAAGAGGCUGACAGCCAGAGUGCCGUCCCCGGCCGUCAGCUGGGUGAGGAUGAUGCCAGGCAGGGGCUGACGGAUGACAGGACAGCCCCAGAGCACGAUGGCAAUGGCAGCAUGGUUGUGAUGGAAAACGGGACCAGCCUCAGGCCUGAAAACCACAGCACUGCAGGCACUGGCAGAGAUACUCACAGACCUCGCCCAGGCACUGGUGCACGAGCACGCGGUGGUGUCGGCAUCGCAGGUCCCACCCCAGCCAGCUCAGAGGGCAGCGGUGACCUGGAUUUGGUGCUUGAAGUCGAUGGUGGUGUUUCCAUUGUCCCCCAGGAGGGCGGACACUCUGGUGAGGCUGUGGCAGGGAACAGGUCCAGUGUCAGGAGUGAGGACAGGGAUGUUGGUGCCCCUGCGGGUAUUCCAGUGGAGGGGGGCAUGACAGCUGGCAGGGAGAGGGCCCCUGCCACAGGAGGGGCUGUGGAUGAGGGCAGUGGUGAGGCCACCAUCCCUGUCCAAGGGCAGGAGGGUGCCAUGCAGGGCCCAGGGACAGGAGGGGCCGCUCUUGCUUCUGUCACUGAGAAGAUGGAGGACGUCCAAAUUGAUGCCAAAGGUGUGGAUGAAUACGCUUACAUCCCUGAAUCGAGCAGUAUCACCAUCACCCACGGGAAGGUGGGCAGCACACCAAGGGCCACCAGCUUCACCCAGAUCUCUCCAGACAAGGACGACGAGGUCAACAUCUUCAUUGGGAGGGCCAAUAUCCAUGUGGGAGAGCAAGAAACCACCCACGUCGGUACCACUGUUAGCAGCAAGGACAAUGGCAUCCCCACUGCAGCAACUAGCAGCCCCCUGCCCAGGCUGGGUGUCACUGUGGCACAUGAUGGCAAUGAUGAUGAUGGCAUCCCUUCUCACAGGCAGCCUGAAGGACGGACCACCACAGCCACUCCAAGACAUGGGUACAGCAUCACCAGCAGCCCCAGGUAUGGGCGUCCUACAGGAGACGAUGAGGAUGGUGCCACCACCAUUGGUGAUGGAGAAGGAUCAGUGACCCCUGGCCCCUCGGGGUUUGCUGGUGGUGACGUGACUGUCCCUGCGGGUCCUGGCAUCCAUAGGAAUGAUGAUGAUGAGGCAAGAGAUGGGGGGCAGAGGGUUGAUGGGAGGCCAGCCCUCCUGGUUGUCACCACCCCACAGCCAGAGGGCGACAAGGAGGCUGGUGCCACCAUCCAAGCUGAGGGAGCCGGCAUCCGCCUGGGCACCACAGUGGCCUCCCCUGGGGUGAGUGAGAAGGACUGCACCACCCCGCUGGAGACGGCUGGUGGCCAUGAGGCAGGCAAGAGCACUGCAGCAGAGAGAGAGGGGAGCAGGGAAGUGGGGUCAGCCACCCCAAAGCCCCACAGGGAGGGACAGCCCGGGGCAGGGGUGAAGGUCUCUCCGGGGGGAGCAGGGCUGGACAAGACCCCCAAGAUGGAGAAGGUGCCAUCCCCACGCAGCAAAGCUGGUGUCCAGGCACCAAGCAGGGCCCAGAUGAGGGCUGGCAGCCACGGUGGCAAUGACAGGGACAGAUCACGUCCUACCGCAGAGAGGGGCAGCGCCCCUCUGCCGGCAGGGCAAGGCAGGGACAGUGUGGCAGCGGGGGGAGGCCAGGAGCAGGAGAGGGGUGUCAAGGCAGGAUCGGUGGUGGUGGGUGCCGGGGCAGGGGCAGGCCGCCUGCCCAUGCGCCAUGGCAGGAGGCUGGGGGUUGGGGCGCCGGGCACGUUCGCAGCGCUGGGCCGCAGCAGGCAGCUGGACCAGAUGAAGCGUGCCGACGAGCUCCAUGUCCGCGAGCAGGCCUUCUAUGCCCUUGGAGGGGCGGGGGGCGGCCCCCACGGCUCCUACGCUAGCCUGGGGAGUGCUGACAGCAGCCAGUCCUCCGAGGGGGAGCGGGGCAGCCGCAGCGAUAGCCGGCAGGCAGGACUGCAGCCCUCAGAGUGGGGAGCCCCACAUGACCAUUGGAGCCGGGGGGCCCUCUGAGGGACUGCUGGUAUUCCCCUCAGUGGGCUCCAGCAGUGGAGCUGCGGGGUCCCAUGUGUUGUCCCCCCUUCAGCAUCCCCACUGCGGGCACUGCUCUUGCCUGGGUGAGGGGCACUGUGCAUGUCGCUGUGUGGUGCUUCACAGUCCAGGAGCCAAAAAUCACUCAUUUCAUGCAAUCCUGCUGUUAAUUGGAGGGGGACUGCAUCCAGCGUUGUGACAGCAAUGUAUGGGUUUGCUGUGCUAGACAGCCAUGUAACAGCAAUCGUGCUACACGGCAUAGGGUAGCAUUGUUCAUGCACUGAUGCGAAGCAAGUUAAUAAACGGUGAGAAAAAGCCUCUGUCCUAGCGGUUUCAU